UGAACGUCAUUUUUAUUUUUCUUUAUUUACAUUUAUUUUUGCGUUUUUAUUUUCUAACGAGUAUCGUAUAAAUUUAAAAUACAAUAUAAAUAAACAACCGACCAUUGUGGUUGCUAAAAAUAACACGGUUCGUUCGCUACGUCCUUUUAGAUCACAGAAAUUUUGCUUCGGACGUACUACAGGAAAAUAUGCGGUACAUUUUUCUAAUCACGAUAUUCAGUGUUGUUUUCGCGUUCGAAAAAGAUAUAACAUUUACGAUACAAGCUGGGAAAAUGGACUGUUUCUUCCAGAAAGUGUCUCCGAAUGAAAUCAUCGACAUAGAGUAUCAGGUAAUAGAUGCAACACAUGGAGAGCUAGAUAUAUCGUUCCAGCUGGCCGACCCCGCAGGUCUGGUCAUCGUAGCUGAUUAUAAGAAACCAGAGAACUCGCAUCGGCACACCGCCACCCUGGAAGGGGACUACCGCUUUUGUUUUGAUAACACCUUCAGCACUUUCAGUCAGAAAACGGUAUUCUUCGACCUCAUGAUAGACACAGAAGACGUCCCCGAGAAGGACUAUGAUGAUGAUAAGGAGAUGGAGUUAGGGAACGCAGCAGAGACGUACAUGAUGCGUGUCCGCGACAUAUCUGAGUGCGUAACGCGCGUGCGGGACCACGUGGCGACGGCGCGCCGUCUGCAGGAACUACACUCGGCGCACGAGGCACGCGACCGGAACCUCGCCGAGGACAUGUGCUCCAGGGUGCUGACGUGGUCGAUAUGGCAAAUACUGCUGAUGCUGUUCGUUGGUAUCACACAGGUGUUUUUCGUGAGGAGUUUAUUCGAAGAUGGCCACAGCAGUUACAAGAGGUUCAUACCUAAGUUAAGUUCGCGAUAAUAACCAAAGAUUUAACCGUAGCUGUAAGAUCGGUUAGCCAUUGGUUCUAGCACGGUUUAGUAGUAUAAGUAGACAAAACUAACAGUCAGUAUGCAUAUAGAACUAUCGGCCGGUGGUCCAGCGAUUUAACUCACCACUUUACUUUCCAUGGUCGUGGGAUGUAUUUAUUUUUUUUAUUCGUAUUUAUUCGACGACCUCAGUGGUCUAGCGGUCUAGCAUACCGCUUUACGUCCGAUGGUCGCGGGUUCGAUUCCUCGCACGGCACAAACAUUUGUAUUCAUGAGUAUGAUUGUUUGUAUCGGUCUGGGUGUUUUCUAUGAAUAAUAUGUAUGUAUUAACGAAAAAAAAAAUUAUCUAUGUACUUGUAUCAGUUAUCUAGUACCCGUAACACAAGCUUUAGCUAGCUUAACUCGGUUCGAGAUGGCGCUGUGUG